UGCUGUCAGAUACGUGUCCGCCUGCAUAUCAAAUAAACAAAAAUUUUUGUUAUAUUUUUUAAAAUUGUUUUAGGUAGACAAAAUGGGUCUGUGCAAGUGUCCCAAAAGACGCGUCACGAAUCAAUUUUGCUUCGAGCACAGGGUGAACGUUUGCGAACAUUGCAUGGUAUCAAAUCAUGCAAAAUGCAUCAUUCAAUCCUACCUUCACUGGCUGCAAGAUAGUGAUUACAAUCCAAUUUGUGAAUUGUGCUCCAAAGAAUUACAUUCUGAAGAUUGCAUCAGGCUGAGCUGUUAUCAUGUUUUCCAUUGGGCUUGUUUGGAUAAGUAUUCAAGGCAGCUGCCUGCCACAACAGCUCCAGCAGGGUAUAGAUGCCCUAGUUGUGGGACUCCACUCUUUCCACCAUCAAAUAUGGUUAGCCCAGUUGCUGAUGUCCUUAGGGAAAAGUUAGCUGGUGUGAAUUGGGCUAGAGCUGGACUAGGUUUACCAUUGUUAUCUGAAGAUAGAGAAAUUAAACCGAUUUUAUCAAAUAACGCUAAUAACCAUACAGCCGUUUCAACGCAAAAUGCGCCUCCUCCUUAUUCAGUUGUUCAUUUUGAAGAUCAAGUUAUAAAUAGGGAUAAAACUGAGGUGUAUCAGACUGCUAGAAGAGUGUUCCAGGAUAUAAGAGAAAACAGGGGCACGACAUUUGAUCAUGACGAUGAUAAAUAUAAACGUAGACCCGCUUCAGAGUGGAUUAGGCGUUGGUGGAAGAAUUCUAUGGGCCAUCCACAGAAGCAUAGGUCUCCAUUUAGACGUUACUUCAUGUUAAUAUUUAUUAUUGUUAUGGGAAUCCUAGUCCUGUUGGUGACUAUGUCAAGAUUAGGACACCAUUAUACUGAUAACGAUGCAUCUUUAGACAUUAUGAACGAGCCGAACAUCCACGUCCAAGCCGAUACGAAAUUAUAAUAAUAAUCAUUGGAAAAUAAUAGCAUUGUAAAUAUACACAUGAUUAUUUUAUCAAAUCGAGGAAUAUUUAUAUUACUUCUAGAAUGCUUCUCGGUUGAUGCAAAACGAAAUAUGUAAUAAUCACUAAGCGACAUAACUAAAAUUGUUUUUUUUAUAGUCAACUAAGUUAAUUCAAAAUGAAAACCCAUUCCUGUUUGUAUUGUAUAUUAUAUUAAU